GAAUGAAGAGCACGCAUGCUCUAUUGUCACAAGUGUUCUUUUUAUCGUCCUGAAUUAUUUGCUCCGUUGAACGAGUGUGUGUUUGUUUGUGUGCGUGUGUGUUGUAGAAGAAGAAUACUUUAUAUACACAAAUAAUUACGUUAAUUUUUUAAAGUAAAAUUAUAGAGUGAAAGAAGGAAGCACUAGUGUAAUAUCAAAUACCCCAGUGGGUCCCCAAAUUUUAUCUGUACAUAUUGUAUGAAUGUGUUUAUUAGCGUGAAUGAUGGUGGGUCCACAGCAGAAUAUUCAGUACUCCGAGACACGCCAAACUUUGGUAUACCAAGGUUAUUUGAUAUCAGUCGGAGUGAUUCAGAUCCACACGCAAAGCUACUUACAAACAUCUAAUGAUUCCGGAGAUGAUUCGAGUGAUGAAGCUGUCACUACAAAAGAAGAGAAGAUUUUGCGUUCAUGCAUUUUUCCAACUUCAAGCCAGGGUUUUUCAGUGUCGACUUUCUUCCAUUAUCCAAGAAGCCUAAAGUUGUAUAAAACAAGAUGUUUUUCACCUUUUCUCUUCAAAAUAAUAUGUUCAUCUGUUGAUAGUUCAUCAACCCCGUCAUCAAACAUCACCCGAAAUUGGGCAACUUCAAUCUCCAGCGAAUCGGCAGCCGAGUUGCCAGGAACUGGAAAUUUUUUCUUGAAAAAUAAUUUAUUUUAAACUAUGUACUUUGAUACGUCGCUCGGUCACAACGUCAAAAUUGUAUUUUGAAGUUAGCCAUAGCGACAUUGUAGAUAUUGAAAUAAAUAAUUUGCAACUGAAC